AACAACCUCUCCACCCAACAAGUCCAAUUAUCUUCGAACAACUUCACUCUAGUACUCUCUACCUUUACACAUCCAUCACACAUCAUCAAGAUGACUCGCUCCCACAAGUUCAAUGACAAGGACCACAGCAUGGUGGCCCCCGUCACGGGUCACACCCAGCAACAAGUACCCAAGUUCUUUGGCAAGCAUGGCUUUGCCGAUGCCGACCCCAAGAAGACCAAGAAGAACGGCGGUGGUAAGGGCAAUUGGGGCCCUGUUGGCUUAGAAGCCGAGGAUGAAGAGUUCAACUUUGUCCACACCCGCCGCCGCUCCAACAGCAGCAGCGUCUCCAGUCACCCCGAGCACUUCAAGUCCAAGUUCGAGAUCAACGAGCCUGAGCCUGUGUUUGAGGAGGACAUCCAUGGAGCCAUGGAGGAGGAGGAGGAGAAGGACAGCAGCCAGUCCAGCACCUCGAGCAGCAAGCCCGAGGACAUGUAA